AUGAACUACCUACACCACCCAUACGCCUUCGGCGGUCAUAAUGCGGUUCAAUUCGAUCAAUCCAUAGCCUACGACCCUGCCAUGGCACACCAUGCCAUGGUGCACCCCAUGGAUGGCUACCUAUACCCUCACCCACCAUACGAGAUGGUUGACUACUAUCAUCAACCGAUCAUGGACUACGAAGAAUACGCGGAGAAUCUGUCCCGUCCAAGGUUGACCAAAGAACAAGUAGAGACGCUGGAGGCUCAAUUUCAGGCUCACCCCAAGCCAAGCAGCAAUGUGAAGCGUCAAUUGGCCGCUCAGACAAAUCUGAGCUUGCCUCGGGUUGCUAAUUGGUUCCAAAACCGACGAGCAAAGGCAAAGCAGCAAAAGAGACAGGAGGAGUUUGAGAGAAUGCAAAAGGCCAAAGCAGAGGCUGAGGAAGCUGCUCGGAAUAAGGCCGACAGCGCGGACGACACAUCUGACUCAAACCAAAGCGAUUCGACGACCAAGGAGGAGACCGAUAAAGCCAACGACACAAAGACAUCGGAGUCGGGCGGGCCAGGCGAGCAGACGAAGACCUCGACCUCAUCUCGAUCGAAGCAUCAGAAAACAAGGAGUGAGUCGGCUCGAGAGGCCACUUUCGCCUCAUUGCAGAGAGCUCUCAAUGCUGCCGUGGCGGCUCGUGAGCACUACGGCAGCGAGUGCGAGCAGGAUCGGAAUGACGGCAACAGUGUUGGAGGAUCUGCCUCCCCAACGACAUUUCCCCUGAGCGCUCGGGGUAAUGACCAUGAUGACUCGGAAAGCGCCCACAGUGCUCUCAACACCCCUUUCUCGGCAUGGGAGAGUGGCAAAGAUUCUUCAGCUUCCUGGACCUCUCGGGGUGCCCAGGAGCCCUUCGCAUAUACUGGCCUGGCCACGCCUUCAUUUCCCACAAUGGAAAGUUCACUACAGCCUGUCAGUCAAGGUGAGGAGUGGGCGAGCCAAUUGGCGACGUCGGCCGAAUCGCUGCCCGGCCACCGUGCACCCAUGGAUGUUGAUUCCUCGUCAUACGGAGCCAUCCAUUACUCUGUGAAGCCGGAGCUGUCAAGGCAAGGCUCGUCCGAAGAUCUUGCUAGCACCUUGCAGGGCAUUGGAAUCGACACUAGCGGCUCGCCUCAUGGCUUGUCGCAGCUGACUGGCCGGUCUUCAUGGAAAGAUGCUGGAAAGGAGCUCGACCUUGCUGCGCGUAGAAAGCGGCCGAGGCCGGCGGCCAUUGGCACAUCGCGAUCUAGCUCGAUGCUGGCUGGGUCCACUUCCAUGUCACCGACCAUGCGCCUGCCGAACGGCGCCGGUCACGCAGUGAGACAGUCCAAAUCCGCACAGAGUCUCGGCUCGCGGUACGCUGGUGUCAGAAAGGCGUCGACCGCUCAGCGGUCGCCUUUCAACCUGGCAACCUUUGCCGAGGCGGGCACUUUGAAUUGCAAGCCCGAGAUGUCAAGCAUGCUGCAACCUGUCACAACCGGUGGGUUGGCUCCACCGACGCCGCUGACUCCGGAGAAUCUUCACCACUUGCUUCCAGCCACUCCGUCUGACGGGGGGUACUGCCUCUCAGCGCAACCGACCAGCCACCUGUUUCCCACGACUCAGCCCAUGCAGAUCAACAUCGCAUCUCCUCCGGCUACUCCGCUUGCGGUAGACAUGAUGUCGUCGUAUUCCUACCAUGGCGUCGCUCCGCCAAUGUCCGCCCCUGCCCACUACACGACCUUUCCCGAGUAUUCCUCUUGUGAUGGAACCCCUUUGACGGGCCGGAGCUGGGCCGACGCUACAUCGAUCCCUCCGUCGGAUCAAUCGUUCGCCGCGCGCUGCCAGAUGGAGAUGCCAUCUGUGACGUACGAGCAGGCUGUUGAUCCGACUUGCGCAACGGCAGAUAUCGGGAUGUUCUCGUCCAAAGAUAUUGACAUGCACAUGUCGACAGGAGCGCCGGCCGAGGAUGCGAGGCCUACCGAGUUUCAGAUUCAAGAGUUUCCUGAACAGCAAGAGAUUCACCGAUUCGUCGCUCAGCAGCUUCCAUCGCACAAACCCAAGGCCUACACCUUCGCCGCCAAUUCUACGCCACACAAUUUCCAGAACUGA